GACAAAUGCAUUAUCAGUUUCAAUAAUCAACCAUUUGCUUUUACUUCAAACAAUCGUGACCAGCAAAGCUCCUGUGACAUAAUUCAAGAAGAUCUGACAUAAAUGAGUUACAAUUCAACAUGUAUUCAACCAUCUACGAUCUCCUCUGUGGCUUUACCAAUCAUUUACACCUUCCUUUGUAUUGUUGGUCUCUUUGGAAACUCACUCUCUCAAUGGGUGUUUUUAACAAAAAUAGGUAAGAAAACCUCAACACAUAUCUACCUGGCACAUCUUGUGACUGCAAAUUUACUUGUGUGCGGUGCUAUGCCAUUCAUGGGCAUCUAUUUCCUGAAAGGUUUCCAAUGGGAAUAUCAAUCUGCACAAUGCAGAGUGGUCAAUUUUCUGGGAACUUUGUCUAUGCAUGUAAGUAUGUUUGUCAGCCUCUUAAUUUUAAGUUGGAUUGCCAUAAGUCGCUAUGCUACCUUAAUGAAAAAGGAUUCCAUGCAGGAGACCACUUCGUGCUAUGAGAAAAUAUUUUAUGGCCAUUUACUGAAAAAAUUUCGUCAGCCCACCUUUGCUAGAAAACUAUGUGUUUACAUAUGGGGACUUGUACUGGGCAUAAUUAUUCCAGUUACUAUAUACUACUCAGUCGUAGAGGCAACGGAAGGAGAAGAAAAACUGUGCUAUAACCAGCGGAUGGAAGUAGGAGCCAUGACCUCUCAGACCGCAGGCCUUAUUGGGAGCACAUUUAUUGCAUUUUCAUUUUUAGUAGUGGUAACAUCAUACUACUCUUUUGUCAGCCAUCUGAGAAAAAUUAGGACUUGUACAUCCAUUACGGAGAAAGAUGUGACUUACAGUUCUGUGAAAAGACAUCUUUUGGUCAUCCAGAUUCUACUAAUAGUUUGCUUCCUUCCAUAUACCAUUUUUAAACCCAUUUUUUAUGUGAUACACAAAAGGGAGGACUGUCAGCAACUGAAUUACUUAAUAGAAACAAAAAACGUUCUUACUUGUCUUGCUUCAGCCAGAAGUAGCACAGAUCCCAUUAUAUUUCUUUUACUAGAUAAAACAUUCAAGAAGACACUAUAUGAUCUCUUUACAAAAUCUAACUCACCACAUAUACAAUCAUAUAGCUAACUUACAAAUGGGAAACACCACACAUUACAAAGGUGUUCAUGUGACUCUAUUAGGGAGACUGUAACUGUAGGAUUAACAAGCAGGUUGUUGCUUGGCUGACAACAGACACCAAGAAAUAUUUUUGGUUUUUAAAAACAAAUCAAAUAAAUAUAUUCAUAAAGCCCAUUUUACAGUUUUUCUUAUACUUGGAAGUAGAGAUGGCAGAGACUUUAAGAUCAAGCUUAUGGAAAGGAGGCAACUGCAUGUGAAACCAACAGAUCAUUUUCUCAACUGUGGAUGCUUCUGACAGCGCACAGUAUUUCACAACUGCAGGAUAAAGAAGCAAAUGGUUUAUGACUUAUCUGCUUCCUAAUAGUUAAAAUACAUGAGUCUGUUGAUGGCUAGUGUUUGCUUUCUUGUGAACUUAACAAAACUUUGUAAACAAUUUGUCCCGACUUAAGUCCUAUUCUAAAUGCACAAAUAGUAAAUUCAAUGUAAAAAUCCAAAGUUUUAUAAACCUUAUUUAUUUGAUAUUAUCUGGUUCAUGCUACUGGGAGAAGUAAUAGUCGUUGACUCUAAUAUCUAUUAAGCAGAUAUAACAUACAUAUUUUUAAAAUAUUUAAAUUAGCCAUUGUCAAAAUAAAAAGUUGUCAUUGUAUGCCCAUCUUUAUCAUAUUUUGUGUACUUUCCUCUGUAUUCAAUAUUAAUAAUGCUGUUGUUAAUGGCUAAUGGUACUUGGCAUGUAGAUAUGUUAAUUUUUGUGCCACGAAUGAACAAAUGAUAAAGCAAUGUAACAGUACUGUAGUUAAGAUACUGGUAUUUGAACUCAGACUCCUGGGGAUCAGUCCUGGCUCCACCUCUUACGUGUAGGCAAAUCAUUUCUCCUUUUAAAGUGUUGACUUCUUCAUUUGUAGAACAGAAAAUUCUGCUUCACUCAUAGGUACCAUUCUUAAAUCAGAUGAUGCUACUACUCCGAGUAGCUAUCACUUAGUGAAUGCAUGUGCCAGGCACUCCGCUUGUAUGCUCUAUUACUAUAACCCUCACGACCCUAAAGGAUGCCAAUUUUAGUUAGGAGUGUUGCCCAAAUGUUCCCCAAUUCUUAAGUAGAUAU